CCUUCCCGGGUAGAACUCACCAACACGGGCUGCUCCCUACAAGAAAACACACAGUUUUCUUCUUGUGGCAUCCCUCUGGUCAUUUAAAACUGUUCCAAAUCAGUAAACAGGUCCCUGAAAGUUCUCGCCGCCUGCUACUAUGAGCUGGAGACGAAGAUCAAGCUCUGCUUUGGGAAGAUUAGAAACAUCCCAGGAUAGCAGCAUCCUGAAACCAACAGCUAACCUGGGGGAGCCCGCGCUGCUUCGAGCUCAGACGACCCCGGCAAGGCCUCCGCCUUCAGGGGAGCCCAGCCUUCAGAGUGUGGAGCCCCCCAACUGGCUGCUGCGGGAAUGCUUCACUCGAGAAAGAAUGCGCAGUCACUCGGUCAGCACCCAAGAGCCCGGGCACAAGAGGACACCUCUGCGUCCUGCAGACCUGGCCCAGAGCCUGAGGGCUGAAAAGGUCGAGCAGCAGGUGACUCUGGAAGAGCUACGCCGCCUAAGCGCACUCUUUCAGGACCAUGAGAAGAAAGGAAGCCAGAUGCUGGAUUUGGAAACGUUCAAAUGCAUAGUGAAGCAGUGUAUGAGGUCACACAACAAAAGUAUUGGACAAAUAGAACAACUCUUCAUGAAAAUAGACUAUGAGGCAGUGGGAAGAAUCCAGUGGCGCAAGUCCACCAGCCGGAAGUCCCAAUGGGUGACGGACAUUGUCAGCAUGCCACAGUACAACAAAGUAAUCGUUGGAACCGGGAGCCGGGAGCUGCAGCUGUAUGAACUCUCGAACCUGGAGCCUUACUGUCAGAUCCGUGGUCUGGAAACUCUGCCCCUGAAACUGGACUACUGCUUCAUGGAGCCUGACAAGUGCCUGAUCCUCUAUGGCGAUGACCAGGGAUAUGUGAACAUUCUGGUUUUGUCAUCUGUAGGUGAACUAUUAAGCACCACAAUACCAAGCAUACCUCCAAAGUUGGAUUCCUUCAUCUAUUCAAGAAACGGUUCUCCAUAUAACAAAGCAAAUGAUAAUAAAAUCAUGUUGUCUGCAGCGUGA